GAUUUAGGGGAACAGAGUCCACCGCAGGACCAGAACCGUCCCUGAAAACGGUUCCUGUCCAUUUAACUCUUUACAGAAACACACAAGACUGGAGUCUGACGACAGAACGAUAAUUUUGAAGAGUUUUACAUCAGAUGUAGAUGGAAUAUGAGUAAGUGUUAGUUUGGAACAUCCAGCAGAGCUUUGUGAGUGUGUGUGUGCUGUGUGUGUGUGUGUGUGCUGUGUGAGUGUGCUGUGUGUGUGUGUGUGUGUGAGCAGUGCUGUCAGUGUAAUGGCGGUCCACACCAUGUCUGCGUCUCUGCUCGCCGUCUGUCUUCUUGGAGGUUUCCUUCAGGUGUUCAGUCAAGCUGAAGUGUUUCGUGGGGCUCCAGGGGCCCACACCGUGUUCCUGCGACCCAAACGGGCCAACCAGUUCUUUAUAGAGGAGAUCCUGGAGGGCAACCUGGAGAAGGAGUGCUACGAGGAGCGGUGCAACUUUGAGGAGGCGCGGGAAGUGUUUGAAGAUGAUAAGAAGACGAUCGCCUUCUGGACCACCUACUAUAAUGGGGACCAGUGUCUUCCCAACCCCUGCCUCAAUGGAGGGAUCUGCAGUCAGAAGGUGGGGGGCUUCUCCUGCUCCUGCAGCUCCCCUAACUACGGACACAUCUGCGAACUGAGCCCACAGGCAGCCAAAGAACAGGAGCUGCUGAAGCCUCAGUACAAAGCUCCAGCAAUAUCAGAGUGUCCAACCAAAGGCCCCAAGGUGUGCCACCAGCUGUGCAUGGCGGACGUUUACUCGUAUAAAUGCUCGUGCAUGUCGGGAUUCAAACUACAGAGCGACAUGCGGAGCUGCCAGCCUGAAGUCGAGUUUCCCUGCGGGAGGAUUCCUGACACCAACAGUUCAAUGUGUCGCCAUGGAAACUGCUCCUGGCAGGUGUCCCUGAUCAACAGUGGUGGGGUGGAGUUCUGUGGUGGAGUCGUGCUCGGCCGAAGGUCCAUCCUGACCUCCGCCCGCUGCCUCUUUCUGAACUCAGGAGCUGCCCUCCGACCCUCAGACUUCUACGUUGUCACAGGUAACAGGACGGACAUCCCGGUCCGGGCGCUGAACCUCCACAAUCGUUUCCAUUCAGAUGACCACGACUUUGACCUCGCCCUCCUGGAGCUGGCCACGCCCAUCAACUUUGACCCCACCCUCACCCACCUCUGCCUGCCCACCAAGGACUUCAGUGAAAACAUCCUGAUGCAUUCUGGGAGGAAGGGGCGUGCCCAGAACCAUGAGCUGGUUUACAUGACGCUGGACGAAUGUCGCAGACAGCUGACCGCCCCACACCCACUGAGCAACAAAAUGUUCUGCAUGAGGAGGAGGAAGGGGGCCCAGGGAAGCCCAGACGGAGCGCAGAGCAGAACCAGAUCAUCGGGGUGUACCGAUACCAGCCAAAGUCUAAACAGACUCUCAGGAAGGCAAAGUGUUACUCAGGAAAGACUUGCUGGACUUGCCCAGGACCAGAAUCAGACUCAAACUGAAGACGAUCUGACCAGGACAUCAAACGGAGCAGAAAACCGCAGCCACAGCUUAGAAAACCAACACCACGAGUCACCAGCAGGUGGCAGCAGACUGAGAUGUGGCGGUUUGAUGCCGGGGUCUCCGGUCGUUACGGUGGAGAAAGGAACGGCCUUCCUGACCGGGCUGCUGACGUCUCCGUCCUCUGAUUGUGACAUUCAGGUGUUCACCAAAGUGUCCCGGUACCUGAACUGGAUCCAACCGAAGCUGCAGGCGGUGGAGAAUCACAUGACCCCCCAGGUCAGGCAGUACCCAGAGAGCCGCUGAGCAGAGAACGGAGCCAGGGGGGGGGGGCUGGGAGAUGUCUUCAGCUGUGAUUUACUUUAACGUUAAAAUAUUGGACGCUGAUCUUAGAACCUUUAAAUGUGUUCCUUACAUUCCUGGUUCAGAACGUUAUUCCCUGAAUUAGAACUUUAUGAAUUAUUCCGGCUCAUAAAUAAAUGCUUUAAAAGUUU